AUGGUCAGAGUUUUAGCAAUGGCGUCCUCCACAAUCCGUCCUUUCUCAUCAAUGGCAUCAUCUCCAUUCGCUGCAACUUUUUCCGCCUUCAAUUCGUCUCGAAGGUUUAAUUCGUUCGAUUUCACUAGAGGUAUGAAUUCAAAAACUUUCGAUUAUAAUAAAUCGUGUAAGUUAAUAAGACGUGAAGGAAACGUAAUCUCAACUAUAACAGUCAGUAACAUGUCCCAAGGAAGCACGAUAAGUAGCAAAGAAAGUGCCUUGGAAUGGGUCAAACGUGACAACAGAAGAAUGCUCCAUGUUGUUUAUCAUGUUGGUGAUAUUGAUAGAACAAUAAAGUUCUAUAGAGAGUGCCUGGGGAUGAAACUGUUAAGGAAGCGAGAUAACACCGAGGAGAGAUAUACAAAUGCAUUUCUUGGAUAUGGCCCAGAAGAUUCGCACUUUGUCAUUGAACUCACUUACAAUUAUGGAGUUGACAAAUACGAUAUUGGAUCUGGAUUUGGACAUUUUGGUAUUGCAGUAGAUGAUCUUGGAAGGAUUGUGGAUCUCAUAAAGGCAAGGGGUGGCACUGUGACUCGUGAACCGGGUCCAGUAAAAGGUGGAAAAACAAAUAUAGCAUUUAUUGAUGAUCCUGAUGGUUAUAAAUUUGAACUUAUAGAAAGAGGGCCCACACCCGAACCACUUUGUAGAGUUAUGCUUCGUGUUGGAGAUCUUGGUCGUUCUAUUGCUUUCUAUGAGAAGGCUUUUGGUAUGGAGCUCGUACGCAAAAGAGAUAGUCCUGAAUAUAAAUAUACAAUUGCAAUGAUGGGUUAUGGACCCGAAAGUAAAAAUUGUUUAUUGGAGUUGACUUAUAAUUAUGGAGUCUUGGAAUACGAUAAGGGCAAUGCUUAUGCGCAGAUAGCGAUAGGGACAGAUGAUGUUUAUAAAUCUGCAGAUGCAGUUAAAGUUUUUGGCGGGAAAAUUACAAGAGAACCUGGACCUUUGCCUGAUAUCGACACCAAAAUUACAGCAUGUUUGGAUCCUGAUGGUUGGAAAACGGUUCUUGUUGAUAAUAUCGAUUUUCUGAAAGAGCUACAAUGAUGCUUGAGUAACUUAAAAAAAAAAAUCUACAUGAUAUAGCGUCAUAUAAGGUCAUAAAACAGGUCAUCGAGGAGUUGCACAUUUGAGUGUGUAUCAACCUCAAUUUUGUAGAUGAGAAAACAGUCGUUGU